AUGCAAUUGUUUCUGGCAUUUGCGUUUCUGUUGUGCGGCACAUGCUACGCACAAAAAGUCAUUCUUGUCUCCCUUGAUGGUUUCCGCCACGACUACAUCGAAUAUGCUCUUCAAAAUGGCAGAAAUGUUUCUGCUUUCCAACAAAUUGCAAAAGAGGGAUUCCGAGGAAUGCAAGUGCAUAGCGUAAUGGUCACACUCACCUUCCCAUCGCACUUUACACUUGCCACCGGCCGCACUGUGGAACACCACGGCUUAGUAGGCAACACCUUCUACGACCCUGAUCUGAAAGACUACUACAAGUACACCAAUUCCACGAAGAACCUCCAGCCACAAUGGUUCACCAUGAAUCACAACGAACAGAUUUGGCUUACCAACCAACGAAACGGUGGAAAAAGUGGUGUCUUCUAUUGGCCAGGCAGUGACUCUCGUAUGUAUGGUGAAAUGGAAUAUGUCAACUUCGGUCUCUACAGCAGUCUACCAAGCAUCCGAUUUCGGGUGGAUCGCGUAAUGGAUUGGAUCACGAAGCCAGACGUAAACCUGGUUCUUAUGUACUUCCAUGAACCAGACUCCGCUGGACACAAGUAUGGUCCAGAUUCUGAAAAAGUUCUUGACAUGUUGGAGGUUGUGAACGAUGGCAUCGCUUACUUGCUGCAGAGAAUCGAGCAGUCGGAUGAUUUUGAUGAGCCACCAAACAUCAUCGUCACAAGCGAUCAUGGCAUGACGAGAGUCAGCAACACGAAAAUUGUUAACGUCAGCGCAGUUUUGAAACCAGAUGAAUAUAUUUUUGGAGUUGAUGGUUCACCAGCAACAUUAGGUGUAUGGCCAAAACCAGAUGGUUCAGGUUUAACUGUGACUCAGAUAUACGAAAAGCUUAAAACGCUACAACACUGCGACGUCUACCGGAAAGAAGAUAUUCCCGACAAGUAUCACUACAAGAACAAUACGCGGAUCGCACCAAUUGUCGUCUUCCCACACCUCGGAUGGAUGGUACAGACCAACGCUUCCAAACCCUACAGAGGCACCCUCAACGGGAUGCACGGCUACAACAACUCCGAGCCCGACAUGCAUCCCUUCAUCGUCGCCAUGGGACCAGGCAUACGCAAACUGGGCAACGUACCCAUCUUCUACCAGGUCGACGUCUACGCUCUCGUCUGCCUCCUCCUCAGGAUCUACAAACCCAACGUGGUUGACAGCGACGUGUACCGUGUGGCUCCCUUCGUCAAGUACCUGCCUUCCAUGGAAGUGCUGAGGAAUUUCGACCGAUACGCCAAGGGUUUGCCGGUCGACGCCUCCACCAUACUUACAGGUGAGGCUUCCUUGCACCCUCAGUGUCCUGCAUCCCACCAUUGCCAUGAUGUGGAAGGUGCCUCCUAA